AUGCCUCCCAAGUUCGAUCCCAAUGAGGUCAAGGUCAUUCACCUCCGUGCCACCGGAGGUGAGGUUGGUGCCUCGUCGGCCCUUGCGCCGAAGAUUGGUCCUCUCGGUCUCUCCCCCAAGAAGGUCGGAGAAGAUAUUGCCAAGGCUACGGGCGACUGGAAAGGCUUGCGCGUGACUGUCAAGCUCACCAUUCAGAACCGUCAGGCCGCAGUGUCUGUUGUGCCCACCGCUUCCUCCUUGAUCAUCCGUGCUUUGAAGGAGCCUCCUCGCGAUCGCAAGAAGGAGAAGAACAUCAAGCACAACAAGUCGGUCGCUCUCGAAGAGAUCAUUGAGAUCGCCCGCACUAUGCGCUACAAGUCCUUUUCAAAGGACCUCAAGGGCACUGUCAAGGAGAUCCUCGGUACCGCCUACAGUGUCGGAUGCCGUGUUGAUGGCAAGCCGCCCAAGGUUAUCCUUGAGGCUAUCGAUAACGGCGAGAUUGACAUUCCCGAGGAAUAA